CCAGGCCCAGCUGUCCAAGAUGGCGGCGCCCAGAGCUGUACGCACGCUGCGGCGCGGGGGUUUUGCAGCUGACUGCCAUAGAGGUUUCUCUUCACUAAGCAAUCGUAUCUACUUACACAAACAGUCAGGCAGUCAACAAAGAAGAUAUUUCUUUUUCCUGGGACAAAGAAAUACUAGUUACAGUAUAGUUUGGCCAGCUACAGUGUCUCCAGCUCAGCCAAUUCCUAAGAACAUAAAGAGGCCAGACUAUGUGACGACAGGCAUUAUACCAGACUGGGGAGACUACAUAGAAAUUAAGACUGAAGAUCAGAUUCAAGGGCUUCGGCAAGUUUGUCAAUUGGCCCGUCAUAUCCUACUUCUAGCUGGAAAAAGUUUAAAGGUUGGCAUGACAACUGAAGAAAUAGAUUUCAUUGUUCAUCAUGAAAUAAUCAGACAACAAGCCUAUCCUUCACCUCUGGGCUAUGGAGGUUUUCCAAAAUCUGUUUGUACUUCUGUAAACAAUGUCCUAUGUCAUGGUAUUCCUGACAGUCGACCUCUUCAGGAUGGAGAUAUUAUCAACAUUGAUGUCACGGUGUAUUACAAUGGCUACCAUGGUGACACUUCUGAAACAUUUUUGGUGGGCAAUGUGGAUAAAUCUGGUCAAAAGUUAGUGAAGGUUGCCAGGAAAUGUAGAGAUGAAGCAAUUGCAGCUUGCAGACCAGGGGCUCCCUUCUCUGUAAUUGGAAACACAAUCAGCCGCCUGGCCCGUGACGGCGGCUUCCGCGUCUGCCCCUUCUUCGUUGGCCACGGGAUCGGCUCCUACUUCCACGGCCACCCUGAGGUCUGGCACCACGGCAACGACGGGCAGCUGGUGAUGGAAGCGGGGAUGGCCUUCACAGUAGAGCCCAUCAUCACGGAAGGCUGCCCUGAAUUUAGGAUCCUAGAGGACAAGUGGACCGCGGUGUCCCUGGACAACAAGAGGUGCCCGCGGGGCGGGGGCGGGGGCCGGGCGGCUGCGGAUCAGAGCACUUGA